AUAGGAGCUUGCUAUCUUGCUUUGAGUGAAAAUUUGUUCCGUCCACAAAGCUAUAGAAAACUUGGUUUACCGAGUUGGCAGGGAGCAGUUUCUUUUUUAUACAUAAAUCAUGAGAACAAAUUUCUCUGGUUUAAUUUUGAUGUUAACAGUUUUUCAUCGAGGACUCGCGAGCGAACACGGCGCCACUCAGGCCGGAGAAACCUCGUGUUCAACGGGCCAUUGCUUUGUAGAAAAUGGAGGACCUUGCAAAGACGAUGGACGGCAGAAAUUAUACCACUGGGAUCCUGUGAAGGUUGGAUACGAACGAAAGCUCAGGCUCGAAGGGGAGAAGAUCUACACCAUGAUCACCAGAGCUGUACAGCCAGCGUUAUUUGAAAUUCCGGAGUUCUUGUCCCCAGAAGAAGCUGAUCACAUAAUUGAUGUCGCUGAAUACGUUGGAUUUGCUAAAAGUGACAUUCAUUUGGACCCAGUGGCCAAACAGCACGGGAAAACAAUCAGAUCGACUGAAGGUCACUCAAAUAGCUCUGCUGGAUAUUUUCUGAACUGGGACUUCGAUCAUGAUUAUGAAAUUACAAAUGAUGAGGUGAUAAUAUUUGCUAAAAAGUUUAAACAUCUUUACCUUUCACCGAAAGAGGUCGAUGAAAUGAUAGAAAAUCUAGAGUUGAAAGAAUUCGAAGACGGCAAAGUAGAAUACCCUGAAUGGAGGACAUUUAAAACACAUGCUAUUGACAUGUACAUGAAUGAUGUGAAAGAGAAACAUCCUCAUCACAGAGAUCGCUUCAGUGAUCAGGUCUGGCUCUUCCAGACAGCUGAAGCAGAUGACGUUCUCAGAAGACUAAGAGAACGAGUUUACAAGCUUACUCGUCUUCAGAAGGGGAUAGUUUAUGGAGGCGAGCCUUUACAGGUUGUCAAAUAUGGUCCCCAUGGCCAUUACCAUGCUCACUAUGACAGUUCCAGAAAGAGCGAUUACCCAGCUGGAACCAAAUGCUGUCACUAUGACCUCAAAAAUGCAGCUUUGGCUAAAUGUAGAAUCUGCAGGUACAUCACUAUUCUUUACUAUCUCAAUGAUGUGGAAGAAGGAGGUGAAACAGCCUUUCCUGUAGCAGAUAUGAAAAGUUUCAACGAAACGGAGUUUAGGGACCGCAAAGAUGGCGAUCGCUUCAAUUUAAAUGAAUAUUGUCAAACAGCUAAUAUCGUUGUACCAGCCAGCAAAGGAAAAGCUAUCAUGUGGUAUAACUAUGAACUGGAUGGGAAAACCGGCUGGAUGAACCACAGAGACGAUAGAUCAUUACAUGGAGGAUGCAUCGUGAAGAAAGGCAUCAAGUACAUAGCGAAUAACUGGCUCCCAGCCCCCGAGAAUGACUCUGCUCAUCUUAUAAGUGAAUAUUUUCGAGACCCAGAUGAGGAAUAAGACAUUAGAGACGUGUUCACUGAUGUGGUUUACUUUCCAAUUUAAUGUAUUUUUAAAACACUUGGCUCUCAUUUCUUAAAUCUCUUAGCAUAAUACGUUAAUUGAUUCUCGCUGAACCAAAAUUGAAGAAAGUGACUCUGUUCAUCAGCAUUUUAGAAUGUUAUUAUAUUCCGCUAGACGAAGGUAAAAUACAGUUACAUUUAGUAAGUACGAUUGAUCAGCAAGAAGGGUACGUAUAUCUUUAUAAUUUUGCUAUAGAUCUUUUCGAAUAAAAUGAAUAGGUGAUUCCCCCUUCGUACUAAUCCUUUCCUCAUCGGUGUAAUCGAUGCAAAAUUAUCCUUACAAGUUUUAAAGAUCGGUGCCACAGGAAAUAGAGUGUUAUAGUCCUUCCACGAGUCCCCAUAGGUACAUACCUGUUUGCAGUUUAAGAACUAGAAGACAAUAGGAAUCUCAAACCAUUUGCAACAAGAAUGUCUAGUUAAAGGAGCACUCUUAUGAAACUUCCCUGUAAUUUGGAAACCCGAAAAAUCCAAAUAGUUUUACAUAAAAACUUGAAAUGUUCACUAGUUAAUCGUCUCUGAAUUUGUUUUCCUA